AACGGAAGCGGAAGUGUCUGUGGCGCGCGAGUAGGAAGUGUGAUUCCUGGAGUGGCGAUGGCCGCGCUUGCUCCGCUGCCCCCGCUCCCCCCACAGUUUAAGAGCAUACAGCAUCAUCUGAGGACGGCUCAGGAGCAUGACAAGCGGGACCCUGUGGUGGCCUAUUACUGUCGUUUAUAUGCAAUGCAAACUGGAAUGAAGAUUGAUAGUAAAACUCCUGAAUGUCGUAAAUUUUUAUCAAAGCUAAUGGAUCAGUUAGAAGCUCUUAAGAAACAGUUGGGUGAUAAUGAAGCUAUUACUCAAGAAAUAGUUGGUUCUGCCUAUUUGGAGAAUUAUGCUUUGAAAAUGUUUUUGUAUGCAGAUAAUGAAGAUCGUGCUGGACAAUUUCACAAAAACAUGAUCAAGUCCUUCUAUACUGCAAGUCUUUUAAUAGAUGUCAUAACAGUGUUUGGAGAACUCACCGAUGAAAAUGUGAAACACAGAAAAUAUGCAAGAUGGAAGGCAACAUAUAUCCAUAAUUGUUUAAAGAAUGGAGAAACUCCUCAAUCAGGGCCUGUUGGAAUUGAAGAAGACAAUGAUGUUGAAGAAAAUGAAGAUGCUGGAGCAACUGCUCUGCCCAUGCAGCCACCUCAGCCAUCAACUUCAGCUUAUGACCCAAGCAACAUGCCAUCAAGCAGCUAUAGUGGAAUACAGAUUCCUCCCGGUGCCCAUGCUCCAGCUAAUACGCCAGCGGAAGUGCCUCACAGCACAGGUGUAACAAGUAAUACUAUCCAACCUACUCCACAGACUAUUCCAGCCAUUGACCCUGCACUUUUCAGUACAGUUUCCCAGGGGGAUAUCCGUCUAACACCAGAGGACUUUGCUAGAGCUCAGAAAUACUGCAAAUACGCUGGCAGUGCUUUGCAGUAUGAAGAUGUCAGCACUGCUGUACAGAAUCUGCAGAAGGCCCUUAAGUUACUGACUACAGGCAGAGAAUGAAGCCUUUGUACAGCAGAUACAUGCAUUUUUGGCUUUAAGAACUAACAAUCCAUUACUCUAUCUUCAGCCUGUCAGGAGCACAAUUUUAAGGAAGACUUCAGUUCUACUGACUGUAACAAUGAAAUCUGUGUCUGUGUGUCAGAUGCCUGUUGAAGCAUUCAUCAGCAGCCUCAACCAGUUUUCAUUGUCCAUUUAGUGAUCCAUUAAUCUCUGGGUAGAUAGGGCAGAUGUUAGCAAGAUCCUAAAAGUGCCCAUAGAACCCUACGCCAGAAAAUGAAAACACAUUUCCAUAAAAUAUUUUGGGAAUAAGCUUUGUAUCUUAAUUUACAUAACUUGAAUUUUUUGAAUCUAUAAUUUGGACAGACAGUAUUACUUUGCUAUAAAAUUCCAAAUUUAACUUUUAAUAAAGAUUGCCACAAUAUUACAGAUAAGAAAUCACCUUUUUGUUUUCCUCAGUACUUAAAAAACAAAUACAAACAUCCUAAACUGUUAGAUGAGUCUGAAAGAGAUCAUAUUCAAAAUAAAAUUUUUAUCCAUGUUAUAACUAUAUUAAAAGUUUAAAAUUUUCAUAGAAGGAAAUAUAAGGUAAAAGAGGUAGAAUCACUUUUAGACUUGAGAAUAAUGUUGGGUUCCCAACUAGUUUCCCUUAUCCACUAAAGCUUAAUGUGAAUUGGUAUUUGCUUCAUUGGCAGUUUGACUGCAUGUAUUAGAGAAUGAAAAAAGACAUUUGUAGUAAUGCCUGGAAACUUGGUGCUUUAAGUUAAAGGUUCUCCUCUGCUGCUAUGGAAUGGAUUCCAUAGAGUGUAUAGCUAUGAGUGAUCCUGACGAUUGUAGGAGUUUAGAUUCUCAGUUGUUAAGUUUUUAAGUUUUGUGGGGAAUUACGGACUUAACUGUGUCAACUGCAUUUGUGCUGUGAAAAAAUAAAUAUGAGGAUUCUUUUAACUAGUUCAGCUUAUUACAGAGACAGGUGUCUGUUUUGAUUUGCAUACUAGAAUUUUCAUUUUUCUAAGUCACUAUUUCUAGUUACAGGAAUAUGUUCAUUUGUUCUACUGAGACUGAAGUCCUUUAACAUAGGAGUACAUAAACUGGUUGAUGGGCUGGCCACCUGUUGAGUAAAUAAAGGUUUAUUGAAACAAAA